UAUACGUACAUAGAAGCUGUAUGCACCAGAAAUUCCCCAAAGAUCGAUAAAGUUUAUCUAACCAUAAGAAACUGUUUAAUUUCGGGGGGUCCCUUCUUCCGGGUACUCUGGUUCCCCCCAGUCCAAAAAAAUGAUGAGGCUGAUUGGAUUUAGCAAAUCACCCAUAGGUGUACUUGUGUGAGUGUGCACUGCGAUGGGUUGGCCCCCCAUCCUGGGUUGUUCCCUGCCUUGCGCCCGUAGCUUCCGGGAUCGGCUCCGGACCCCGUUACCCUAAGAUAAGCGGUUUUUGAAAAUGGAUGGAUGGAUGGACGGAUGGUUUAAGUCGGAGGGAGGUUCUGUGGGCCGCCAGUCAGCGGAAGACAGGCUUAUGGGCGUUAGCGGACACCUUGGCAACAUGGAAGCAGGCGGCCCACUGCUGGAAAUCGACAUUUUAAAGAUCGAGGACCCCAGCUGCUUCUGGGGCAGGAUUGUCAAAGGUGCUGGUGUGUGUGUAGAAGACCAGGAAUAUCAGAAGCUGCAGGUCAAAAUGAACCUCUUCUACCAUGAGGUCAACCUGGAUGUUCAAAAACUAAAACCUCAAUUGCUGGAGGAAGGCAAGGUGUGCGUUGUCUAUUCACCUGCCAUGAGGAGCUGGUGUAGGGCUGUUAUGGAAUCCCUCUUCCUGAGCACUGCUGGCUCCCAGGUCUUGUGUUUUCUGCUGGACCACGCCGAGCACGUUAUUGUCGACUCAGACAGCAUUCGAGCUCCUCUGGAAAAGUUUCUCCUGCUGCCGUUCUGGGUGAGACGCUUCCAGCUGGCUGGUAUCUACCCCCUGACUCUGGAGGUGUCUGCCUGCCUGCAGAAAGCCACACUAAAACGUGCAGCGUGCUGGGACCGCUCUGCCACACGCUACCUGCAUGAGCUCAUUCAAGCUUCUACCCUGAAGGAGGCUGUUGUCUGUGGUCAGAAUGCGGAGUCCACUGCUGUCCAGCUUUAUCUCACUAUCAGGGACAUAAAGAUCUGCGUAAAUGACGAACUUGUGACAAAGAGGUUUGCAUGUUUCUCAAGUGCGAGGCCUGAGCAGAGCUUGCAGGACUAUGGUGCCGAUGCUCUCCUGCUAGCCUCCAACACCCUCGCUUCUGGGAAGUCUCCUUUGCGUGUGCAAAAUGACGACAUGGAUGUCCAGUCCGGGACAAGCCGGAAUGCGGAGAUCACAUGUGAGGAAAAAGAUGGGGUUGAUUUUUGGUCAGGGGGUAAUGGACAGAAGGUUCCAGAAAACCACCUUCUCCACCUCUCCCCUGAGGGGGUACAGGUUACUGCGGAACGUGUAGUGCAUGACGGGCAGACCGGGGCUGAAGCAGAGAGCAGCGGCAAGCAGGAGAAGCAGGCCAAUGGGAGCUGUCCUGAAUUAGCUCCAGAGACAGGAACCUCCCAUGCUGAGGAACUGUCUCAAAAAUUAAACUUGUUAAGGGUUUUGUGGUUUUUAAAUCCCAUCUCAAAAACUGGAUUUGAUCCCAAGGAGGACCCUGAGGAGGUGGUGUCGAUGGAGGGGGCUGGUUCAGUAAUGCUGCCUGAUGGAUCGUCCAGCAUAGUGGCUGCCUGUGUGGGCAGAGCUGACCGCCAUCUCGCUGGAGAUCAAGCCCAGGAGGUGACAGCUCACGGCAGGAUCGGAGACGAGCUGAUCUGCGCACGGCUGUUGCAGUUUCUGAACCCAGACCCUCUGAAUCCAGACAGGGAUUCUUCUGAAAUGCCUUUCUGGCAGGACCCCUACAGAAGCAGGAUCCUGAUGCACUCCCCCAUGACCUUUGAGCCCUGUGGCAGCCUGGCCGCCGCCCCCGUCUCUGACGGCGUGCGAAAGGCUCUCCUGCAGACGGGCUAUGGUGGCCCCACCCUGGCCGAUUGUCACUGCUGGCCCCCAGUGUCUCGAGGCUGUGACACUCUGCUCGUCGCCCAAACGGGCAGCGACCCCAUGUGCUACAUCCCUCCGUUCCUGACCCACCUGCAGCUCUGCGCUGUCCGCAGUGCCCUCAACUCCUGCUCCGGGCCCAUUGCCGCCGUGCUGUGCCCCGGAUGGCAGAAGGCCCAGCGUGUCUCCGGGGUGCUGGAGGAGCUGCCAGCCGGUGCCUCUCUGCACCCGACGCUCGUGCUGCUUGGCCGGGGGAAGGCCGAGGCCGAGGCUGCACACAUCCCCAGCAACUGCCGCUUGCUGGUCACCACCCCCUCCAGCCUGCUGCAGCUGCUUCAGUCGUGCUGUUUCCUCUUCCUGCGGCUCUGUCACCUGGUGCUGGAUGAUGUGGAUCUGCUGUACGCCCGGGUCCCUCAGGAGACGUGCGCCGUCCUGCAGUACUUCCGGAAAGAGGAGCGAGCCCUCUCCCUGAGGCAGCUCAUCGCUGUGGGAACUCGCUGGAGCCACCACAUGGAGGCGCUGGUGAAGGAGAGCAUGAGGGACCCCUGUGUCAUCAUAACGGUCCCCGAAGAAGCAGCUUUAUAUGGUAACGUGCGUCAGAUGGUCCUGCUCUGUUUAGAAACCACCAAAAUGUCAGUGUUGCUCAAUGCUCUGGACUUUGUCCCUGAUGUGGCACAGAAGACUCUUAUCUUCACCAGCACUGCAGAAGAAACCGAAGAGGUCUUCAAGGCUGUCAGAACCACGGCAUUUUUCUGCCUGAAGGUCCACGAGAAGCUAACCCACCAGUUUAGCUUCGUGGUGGAGCAGUGGAAGAGUGAUAUCGGGCCAGGAACUCACGUCAUCUUGGUUACCACCGAUGACUGUGUGAGGGCACUACACAUCGACGAUGCUACCUGUGUUGUGCACUACGGCUUCCCACGCUCACCCAAAGUGUUCGGAAGCCGCCUGUACUGCAUGUCAAGGCACUUCCGGAACCUCUCUGACAAGGUGUGCUCAAGUCUGCCGUCCCGUGAGGCCCGGUCCAUGCUGCUGCUGUCGGAGGGUCACGCCCGGCACGUCGUCGGACUCCUGCGCUACCUGGAGCGGACUGGCACGGAUCUGCCCCAUGAGCUGCUGCGUUUCACCCGUGGGCUCCUGCAGGCCAAGGAGUUGCAGAAGUCUGCCAGGCCUCUCUGUAGCUACCUGAAGAAUUUUGGCUUCUGCAGAGACGACAGGGUUUGCCCUGACCGACACCAGAUCGACCCCCAGCAAGACGCCCCACGGCAACCAGUCUCCCACAACAUCCAAUUUGUGCCCCUGUAUAUUAAGAACGCGUCCUGUUAUUACGGACGCAUAGUCAGCGGGGAGGGAGGCCUCUACGAGGGCCUGGCCACGGACAUGGCCGCUCACUAUUCCCAGGAGAAGAUUCAUGCUGCGGGGCUGAUGCAGGGAGGCCUUUAUACGGUGCAAGAAGAUGAUGUGUAUCACCGGGUCCAGCUCCUGACGACCCCGGACACAGAGAAGCGUCUCUUCUACAGCGUUAACGUCUGCUUCCUGGACGAGGGCCGGGAGCAGGAAGUGAAGGGCCACCAGCUGCUGGAGCUGCCCAGCCGCUUCCAAACGCUGCCCCCGCAGGCCGUGGAGGUCAUCGUGUGCCGGGUCCAGCCCAUCGAUGGCGAGAUGGACUGGAACCCGAAGGUAACCAGAUACAUCAAUCAGAAAAUUAAAGGUCUGCAGCAUCAGGCCAAAGUCGUCCUCAGUCUGGGAAAAACCAUCUGGGUGGAUCCGAUGGUGCGGCUGACCCGGCCACCGGGCCUGAAGACCUUCAUCAGCGAGUACAACGUCCUCUCAGUGAUCCUGGCCACGGGGAUGGCUGUUACCAACCCUCAGCACGUCGAGCUGCUGAAGGCGCUGUCCCAGGAGGCAUUCGUGGAGGUCCCGCCUGGCGAGAUUAGCCCCACUGCCAUUGAGGAACCGGGGACCGGACUGACGCUCCCCGCCAACGCCACAGGAAGUGCUGCAAACCCAGCAGGAGAAGGUCCCCCAACCUGGGUGGAGGUCCCUGCUGCAGCUGUGAAGGAAGCGAUGGCCCUGGAACCAGCAGCAGAUACACUGAGCUGUCCUGCCCUUUUAGAAGAACCACAAAGUCCAUCAUCCACCCCCACCCUGGAGGACUCUCUUUUUAGCAGGGACCUGGAAAGCCAGGCAGGAACACACAGACCCAUGGAGGCGGUUCCUACUGGCUCUCCUGUGAAUGAAGUUCAGUUCCCUGUCAGAUCAGUGGAGAACGGACUGUCACGUGACCUUAAGGUGCCCGUGACAGAACACACAGACCCGGGGCAGAAGGGCACUGCCACUGCUGAUGCUCCACAGUGGUUCCACCCGCAGAUACAGUGGUUUCAGAGAAUGAAGUCCAUCGUCAUAAACAUCAAACUCCCCAACCCUACUGAACAGACAUGUGAAUUCUUCUCUGACAGAGUCAUGUACAGUGCCACCGUUAAUGGUCAACAGUACCGGGCCGACCUGGUGCUGCAGGGCACCAUUGAACCAGACGAGUGUACAUGCGAGGUGAAGAGCGGUGGACCCGUCCUGCAACUGAUUAAAGCACGCAGUGGCUUGUGGGAAAGGCUGCUCCGGGAAAAGAAUGUGUUUGUCAGUCUGGACUUUGACCAUAUUGAGGACGAACCUGAAAAACCUGAGAAUGGUAAGAUCUGGGAUCGUCGCUGAGGCUGAAUAUCACGAUUCCAGCCCUCCAGCUCACACCGUCCUCACACUCCUGCCCU